AUGGCGAACGUGAGGAACGACUGGAGGAAAAUCUCCAUUUAUGGUCUCCGUCGCGGAGGAUUUAAUCAAGGCGGCGGCAGCAGCAACAACCACUUCCGAGGUGGAGGCGGCGGUAAUUUCAGAGGCGGCGGCGGCAGAGGAGGAUUUGGACGAGGGGGCGGCCGUGGAGGCUUUAACAAAGGCCAAGACCAAGGACCUCCAGAACAAGUAGUUUUAUUACGAGAGUUCCUGCACCCUUGUGAAGAUGACAUAGUGUGUAAAUGUACCACAGAUGAAAAUAAAGUACCUUAUUUCAAUGCUCCAGUUUAUUUAGAAAACAAAGAACGAAUUGGAAAAGUGGAUGAAAUAUUUGGACAGCUUAGAGAUUUUUAUUUUUCAGGUAAAUUAUCAGAGAACAUGAAAGCAUCUUCCUUUAAAAAACUUCAGAAGGUUUAUAUAGACCCAUAUAAACUGCUGCCGUUGCAGAGGUUUCUACCUCGACCUCCUGGUGAAAAGGGACCUCCAAGAGGCGGUGGCAGGGGAGGUCAAGGAGGAGGAGGAGGCAGAGGCGGCAAAGGUAGAGAUGGAGGUUUCAGAGGAGGAAGAGGGGGGGGAGGAGGCGGAAGACAGGGGGCA